GAGUGACGUCAUUUCCGGAAGAAAAAGUGUCCCUUAUACUACUAACGCAUUCAGUUUCAAACUAAGUAUUGUUCCUUUGUAACAUCUGAAAUGUCUCACGUUAUUCAAAAUACAGUUCGUUUUACGAAUGCUUCACAUAACAUGAUUAUAAUUGAACUGAGAAUUGAAGAAACUGAUCUAACCGAACCUUAUUUGAACACCGAUGUAUUCGAGGUUGAAGUUGCAGACGAAAUAAAAUUCAUGAACUUUCGAAUGAGUGUGUUAUCAAAGCAAAUAUGCCUGAAUUUAAUUUGCCCAUGUUUUUAUAAAAAGUUUAUAAAUCAUUCAACAAUGCUAUUGGAUGCAACAGGAAGUUUUAUCUUUGGUCAUACAGCAUCCUAUAACAGCCAUUUGUUUACAAAUAUGCUCGAUGGAUUUGAAAGACCAUUGACUUCAUUGGAAUUUCCAUUGACUGUUAAGUGUGCAUUAGUGAUUAAGAAGAGCACUGAGAAAUUGUUAAAACCAUUUCAGAAUAUUGAUGAAGUAUCAGUGCCGAUUCAGGACAGUGAAAAAGCUCCGGUUCAGUAUCAGAGCUUUGUUAAGGAAGCAGCGACAAAUACGACUGAUUAUUGCAAUGCUCCAAUAGACUGCUUACGAGAACUGUCUGUAAAUUUGAAGAAUCUUUUAGAUCAAGCCGUUGGUACUGAUAUUGCGAUUCACGUGGAUGGUGUCAGCAUGAAGGCACACAAAAUGAUUCUAAGAGCGAGAUCGCCAGUUUUCGAAAAGAUGUUCGAUCACGACACAAGCGAAGCUAUCAAGAAUGAAAUCGAUGUUAAAGAUAUACGCGCUUCCAUAAUGAAAGAACUUCUCACUUUUCUGUAUGCCGGCACAAUAGAAAAUCACGAUUUUGACGAUGCUUGCGACCUUUACUAUGCCGCUGAUAAAUAUGAAGUGCUGUCCCUUCGGAAUGCUUGUGCGAAAGAUUUGCUGCGUCAUCUUCAAGUAAACAAUGCAUGCCAGUUGUUGAUUUUGGCUACUAAUCACGGUGAUGAAUCUUUGAAAGAAAAAAUAUUGAAAUAUAUAAUGGCCAAUGUUAAGGAAAUAGUGGCCACAAAAUCAUUUGAAGAGUUAGCCAAAUACGAUGCAAAUCUUGUUGUGUUCUUGAUGCGUAACGCUUUCUUAAAAUGACAGUGUAUGAAGUUGAAGAUUUAAGUUAAUAUUGAUUUUGAAUUCGUCCUUGUUCAUUAUUUUAUACCGAAGAAAUAAAUUUUGAAAUUGCUAAAGUG